CUUUCAUAUCCAAUCCAAUCCAAAAUCCAAAACCCAUAUAAACCCCUCCAUUUUCACUCUUCUUGCUCCAUUCAAAACGGUUGGCCAAUAAUAAUGAUAGAUUUUGUGAUCCUUGGCUCCUCCUCCAUUGUCACUCCGCUUCCCAACCCACAACAACCACAACACCGCCACCCCAUCAAACCCCACAAGCCUUCUGUCCCAAAGUUCGCUCCUUUUCCUUCUCCUCCUCCCUCUUCGCAUUGGCCCAUUUCCUGCACCCUCCAUGCCCCCUCCACUCUCACCCACUGUGCUGACUCCCACCUCGCUCAAGAAUUUCAAACGGUCAUUGAAGACGUGCUCGAUUCCGGGGUUGACUCUGAACUUCUCGCCAAGGUGGUUCUGUUGGGUAUUCGAGCCAAGAAGGUUAGCACUGUGAUUCACACUCUUAACAAAGUGAAGGGUCUUCACAUUUCUCUGUCUACUCAUCUUCAUGGCUCUGACAUCGAUGCCAUUGCCAAGGAGUGUUGUCACAUGGUCAUGUGUGGCCACAUUGAGGAAGCUGUUGAAUUCAUGGAGGUUCUCGCACGUUUCCAAUUAUCAAUCAGAGAAAUUGUUCAGCCAUCUGACGUAAUAAAACGAUGUGUUCUUAGUCGGAACCCAGUUUUAGCUGUUAGGUAUGCAAGCCUUCUUCCACAUGCACAUAUAUUGUUCUACAACAUUAUAUCUGAAUUUGGCAAAAGGAGGGAUUUAGCGUCUGCUCUGAAAGCAUAUGAUGCAAUGAAGAAAAACUUGAACAGUCCCAAUAUGUACAUAUACCGGGCAAUAAUUGACGCUUGUGGUCCAUGUCGUGAUUACAAGAAAUCUAGGUACAUAUAUGAGGAUUUGCUUAAUCAGAAGAUCACUCCAAAUAUUUAUGUGUUGAACAGUCUCAUGAAUGUGAAUGCCCGUGAUCUGGGCUACACAUUAAAACUAUAUCAAAAUAUGCAGAAUCUUGGUUUAAAACCAGAUAUGACAACCUAUAACAUCCUACUGAAAGCAUGCUGUGUUGCUGGAAGAGUUGAUCUAGCCCAAGACAUUUAUAAGGAACUUAAGCAUUUGGAAUCAGUGGGACAGAUGAAAUUAGAUGUUUUUACCUACAGCACAAUUAUAAAGGUCUUUGCCGAUGCAAAAUUGUGGCAAAUGGCUCUAAAAAUCAAGCAAGACAUGCUGUCUGCUGGUGUUUCUCUUAAUACUGUUGCCUGGUCAUCAUUAAUCAGUGCCUGCGCACAUGCAGGGCUUGUAGAGCAGGCAAUUCAGUUAUUUGAAGAAAUGCUUUUGGCUGGCUGUGAACCUAAUACUCAGUGUUUCAACAUCAUUUUACAUGCAUGUGUUGAGGCUUGCCAAUAUGACAGGGCUUUUCGCUUUUUCCAUUCUUGGAAGGAAAAAAAGAUGUUGUGGUCCUUUGGUGAAGGCGACAAUAGCAAUUUAGAGCAUGGAGGCAUGGGUAAUGCUACUACUAAGCCAAAUGGAAUUUUUAAUUCGCACAUUUUGAGGUUUGCUGAGAGGUUCCCUUUCAUGCCAACUACCACAACAUACAAUAUUUUACUGAAGGCCUGUGGUACCGAUUACUACCAUGCAAAAGCACUAAUCAAAGAGAUGAAAAGAGUAGGUCUUUCUCCAAAUCAAAUAAGUUGGUCAAUUUUGAUAGAUAUAUGCGGAGAAUCAGGAAAUGUGGAUGGUGCCAUUGAGAUUUUGGAAAACAUGGGUGAUGCUGGAAUUAAACCUGAUGUUAUUGCAUAUACAACAGCCAUUAAGGUUUGUGUUGAAAAUAACAAUUUUAAGCAAGCAUUGACAUUAUAUGAAGAAAUGAAAAGCUAUGAGAUACAUCCAAAUUUGGUGACAUAUAACACACUUUUGAAGGCAAGGAGUAAAUAUGGCUCCCUACUUGAGGUGCAACAAUGCCUGGCUAUAUACCAGGAUAUGCGAAAGGCGGGGUACAGACCCAAUGACUACUAUUUGGAAGAACUGAUUGAGGAAUGGUGUGAAGGAGUGAUACAAGAUAACAGAGAAAACCCAGGAGAAUUUUCUUCCAGCAAUAAAUCUGAAUCAGAAAGACCUCAUAGUUUACUUCUUGAAAAAAUUGCAGCACACCUGCUAAAGAGGAUAGCUGACAUCCUAGCGAUUGAUGUUCAAGGGCUCACAAAGGUUGAAGCUCGCUUGGUUAUUCUUGCAGUUCUUCGAAUGAUCAAAGAGAAUUAUGCUUUAGGACAUUCAGUGAACGAUGACAUCUUGAUCAUUAUAGGAGCUACAAAAGCAGAUGAAAAUUCAUCUGAACACUUAUUAGAAGUGCAAGAGGCAAUAAUAAAACUUCUUAGGAAUGAAUUGGGGCUUGAAGUUCUUCCAGCCAGAACCAAAUUUGCACUAACUGACACAGCAAAGAUAGUGAGCCCCAACCUUUCAAAUCUCAACAUAGAAGCCUUGAAAGGAGAGAAUGCAUUACCCUCAACAAUGGUGUGUCAGACAAGGAGACCUGCCGUUCUACUAAGGUUGAAGGUCACCAGAAAAUCAUUAUACAAUUGGUUGCGCAGGAAGUAAGCAAUAAAUAGUAGUUCGACUAGAACUUCUAGGAAUUUUGUACAAAUAUUAGAUUAGUUAUGCCAAAUUUUUUUUUCUCUCAAUGGCUUCUUCAACGUAUAUAUUGUAUGUGGGUAUAGCUGCAUAUGUAUCUAUAACCGAUGUAUAAGCUGUAAGUAACCCAAUGAAUGAUACCCGGUAUCAUGGAAUAAAAUAAUCUUUUUUCUUCUUUA